AUGGAUGAAUUUACUCCGAGAUAUUUGAUGUCAGAGCUAAAUGACAAUUCAACUUUCGUCAUGAAACGCGUAAAAAAUAGAGACGGAACGAAAGAACAAAAGCUUAUGAAUGCGGAUGACGUAGAUAGGGAAAUUGUUGAAAACGGUCUCGGAAUAUAUGAAAUGCCAGCAGAUGAGGUACAAGAAACUCCACAGGAAGAAGUUCAGAUACAACCAGACAUGGAAGAAAUAGUUCAGCAACAACAGCUAGAAGAGCCUGAAGGAAACGAACAAGUCCCUCCUUUGGAAACUAACUUCACAGAACUAGAUGAAGAUUUGGAACAGCCGAAAAAUCUUGACCCUCAACAAGAGUAUGCGGAGAAUAUGGAAUAUUUCCAAGAGUCUAAAAAAAAUUCGGCUGACAUAGUAGAAGAAUAUCGAAAAAUGUUUGCCGACAUACAAAAGACUCCAGCACCAGAUGAAAAUAUUCAGCAUAGAAUGGAAGUACUGAAAGAAAAUGUACACAAAUACAACAACCCUUUUUACUUACGAGCAUUUAACGUUCAAUCUUCGGAUGAACUCGGUGAAAAUAAAAGGUUAAAUUUCAAGAAAACAUAUAGAAAUGAAACAUUGUUUAAAGUUCAUUCAGAACCUAACCAAGAUGGAAACAAACCUACUUUUGUUUCUGCAGACGAUGGAACUACAAUGAGAUGGGGUCAUAAAGCUAAUCCGGAUAGGUGGUUCAUAAACUUACAACCACAAUUCCAAGAAGUUGUAGACGCAAUGGAAGUCAAUGGUGAACGAGAUAUAGCUGGUAUUUUAAGCGCGGCUUUAAUGCCAUUGAAAGAUAUGAAACAUGCAGAUAUUUUGGACCAGUAUGAAAUGAACAUGGCUGAUGGAAAUAUAACACCUGACGUUCUAGAACAUUUAUCUCAAAGAACUACACAGAACCAUAGAGAUGGUAUAUUUGGUGAAGAGUUUAGAAAGAAAGUUAGGGAGGGAGAAGGAAGAGAACCUAUUGUACAUGA